GAGCUGGGCUGGGGGCGGGCCUCCUCCUGUUUCGCCCGAGCCCGGAGAGCCCGGGCACAGCAGCCGCCGACGCAGCAGCGGUCUCCGCUCCCGAGCCCGGAGACGCGCGGGCUCCCGGGCGGCCCAGGCGAGAGCUGCGUGAGGGCGUGCGAGGCGGUGCCGUGCGGGCCGCACGCGCCCCCGGCCGCCCCCCGCCCGCGCGCGGACCGGCCCAGCGAAACCCCGGCGCGGGGAGCGCCGGCACGGUGAGAGCUAGGGCGAUGCUGCGGUGACGGCCUCGCCAUGGCGAAGCCCCCGGCGGCGGCGGCGUCGGCGGCAGCGGCGUCGGAGGAGCUUAGCCAGGUGCCGGACGAAGAGCUGCUGCGUUGGAGUAAGGAGGAGCUGGCGCGGCGGCUGCGGCGCGCCGAGGGCGAGAAGGUGGGCCUCAUGUUGGAGCACGGCGGCCUGAUGCGCGACGUGAACCGGCGGCUGCAGCAGCACCUGCUGGAGAUCCGCGGCCUCAAGGACGUGAACCAGCGACUGCAGGACGACAACCAGGAGCUGCGCGAGCUCUGUUGCUUCCUCGACGACGACCGGCAGAAGGGGCGCAAGCUGGCGCGCGAGUGGCAGCGCUUCGGGCGCCACGCGGCCGGCGCCGUGUGGCACGAGGUGGCCCGCUCUCAGCAGAAGCUGCGGGAGCUCGAGGCACGCCAGGAGGCCCUGCUCCGGGAGAACCUGGAGCUGAAGGAGCUGGUGCUGCUGCUGGACGAGGAGCGCGCGGCGCUGGCGGCGGCGGGGGGCGCGGGCAGCGCCGGCGGCGGAGCGGGUUCCCGCAGCUCCAUCGACAGCCAGGCUAGCCUGAGCGGGCCGCUGGCUGGCGGCGCUGUGGGCUCCGGGGCCCGAGACGUGGGCGAUGGCAGCAGCACGUCGAGCGCGGGUAGCGGAGGCAGCCCCGACCACCACCACCAUAUGCCACCCGCGCUGUUGCCCUCCGGUCCGCACAAGGCCAUCGACGGCAAGGCCGGAGCCACUCGCCGGUCCCUGGACGACCUGUCUGCGCCUUCGCACCACCGCAGCAUCCCCAACGGCCUGCACGAUCCCUCGUCCACCUACAUCAGGCAGCUGGAGACCAAGGUGAAGCUGUUAGAAGGUGACAAGCUCCUCCCACAGCAGACAGGCUCUGGAGAGUUCCGGACGCUGCGGAAAGGCUUGUCGCCAUACCACUCGGAGUCCCAGCUUGCCACCCUGCCACCUUCCUACCAGGAUGCCCUGCAGAAUGGCCCCGCCCGCUCAGCCCCUGAGCUGCCCUCACCCCCAUCCACCGGCUACAGCUCUGCAGGACAGAAGCCCGAGGCUGUUGUACACGCCAUGAAGGUCCUGGAGGUACAUGAGAACCUGGACCGGCAGCUCCAGGACAGUUGUGAGGAGGACCUCAGUGAGAAGGAGAAGGCCAUCGUCCGAGAGAUGUGCAACGUGGUCUGGAGGAAACUGGGAGAUGCUGCCAGCUCCAAGCCCUCCAUCCGGCAGCACUUGUCUGGUAACCAGUUCAAGGGGCCUUUGUAGGGCCAUUCUUCUGUGGAUGUGACUGACCUCCCUGGGGCCCCAGGUCUAGCCUGUCCUUCUCUGUGGUGAAUUGUACAUAGGACAUGGCCUGUCCUGGCUGCUGUGGUGUGACAUUGAUGGCCAGGCCACCAUCUUCUGCCCCCCACACCAGCAAACCAUGAAGACGAGAAGCUACUACCUGGUUCCUCUGGCAGAGUGGCCUGGGCAGCCUAGUUCCCUCUGGGCCCCGGGUUCCAUUAGGAAGAGGCUGAAGGCUGCUUCUAGGACACACCCAGGGACUGUGUUCAGCCCUCAGUUGAGGGCACCCCCUCAAGCCUUCUACCCCUUCCUGCCCCCACUCUGGACAGAGGCCACUAGGACCCAAAUUCUGACAUGUGGGCACCCUUUAUGUUCCUGUGCUGUGGCCAGGACUGUGACUCACUGAGUAUUGGGUCCCCUGUGUCAUGGACAAGGAAACUCACUGUGUCCAUGGCUGGCUGGAGGCAGCUCUGGGUCCCCUGCUGUCUGGGGGCUUGGUGCCUAGCCACACUGUGCCAGCUAUUGCUUGUCUUCAGUGCUCAUCAACCUCGAGCCCCUAGACACAUCCCUUCUGUAACGUCCCCUCCCUGUUCCAGGCUGAGGAACCUGUUCCAGGUCCCUCCUGCCAGACCCCCCAUUUGUGCUUACAGUAACACAGGAAGGUCCUGGAGAAUAUCUGGAUGGGCACAAUAGGGCCAUGGCUGGGUCUCUGGUCAGUUGUGGCCUCCCCCAGGCUUGCUGCACCCUGGGCCACUAUAGACAGAGCUUCAGGGGCUGCCUGUGACGAGAGUCUUGUUCUCCUUGGGCAGGAAGGAGUCUGACCUAGUUCUGGUUUUAAUUUGCUGUGUGACCUUCGGCAAGUCACCCAGCCUCUAUGUGCCCGUUAGAAAAAUGGGGUUUCCCGAGGCUUUUAGCCUUGCUCACCAUUUGAGGCCACCCAACUUUAGAUGGCCUCUGUCCUCAUUCAGAGCUUGGGACCUAAUGGGGUAGAACUGUUAAGAGUGGUGGUGUAGA